GCCUAUUUUAUUUUUUGGUGGCGCCAGAUCUCUCUUCUCUCUCAAAAUCAAAACAGAGAGAGAGAGAGAGAGAGAAUGGCGAUGGAAGUAGAAGGGGAGGAGAUGGUAACACCAGGUGAAGUGUUGGGGAAAGCAUCGGAUGUAAAGGCAGGGAGAGGUGCUUACUUAGCACCCCACAACAAAACCGUCUACGCUUCCCUUACUGGUCGCCGCAUCGUUAUCCCUCCUUCCCCAGCUUCACCAGAUCAGAGACCAACCGUGGAGGUGACUGGUCACAAGGCCUAUGGCGCCGUUCCAGAACUGGGUUCCGUUGUCAUCGCACGAGUUACUAAAGUGAUGGCUAAAAUGGCAUCAGCUGAUAUAAUGUGUGUAGGCCCCAAGGCAGUGAGAGAAAAGUUUACUGGCAUUAUCAGGCAACAGGAUGUUCGAGCUACAGAAAUUGAUAAAGUGGACAUGCACUUGUCUUUCCGCCCUGGGGACAUUGUUAGAGCUUCAGUUCUCUCUCUUGGAGAUGCUCGAGCUUAUUAUCUUUCUACUGCAAAGAAUGAACUGGGUGUGGUAUCAGCUGAAAGCAUUGCAGGAGCAACCAUGGUUCCUAUAAGUUGGACAGAGAUGCAGUGUCCAUUGACCGGCCAAAUUGAACUAAGAAAAGUUGCUAAAAGUGGAGGUUGACGGGUUCAGAGAACUGAAUUGCAAUGCAAAUUUUUCUACGUCAUCUAAUUUCUUGUAAAGUGGAAAGCACAAUUGAAUUCAAAAGAAAUGGUGAAACCAUGGUGGUUCAUCAGUUCUUAUUGGUUACUAGGCUUGCAAUUUGUACCAAUCUUCCUAAGAAAUGGUCUGCAGGAUACAUUAUAUUUUGCACAGGGCGUCAUGUGCCUCAUUCCAACUCAUAAGGGGGCCGGUUCUGAGCCAACAAUCCGAGAUGUAGCUUUUAGUAGCUAGAUGAAUCAUGAAUUUGGUGGUAGACUGAUAGUGGUGGUAUCUCAAGUUCUCAACUGCUUAAACUUACUAGUUACUACAGGCUAGCUAUUCUCUAUUGAUGUACUUGAAGUACUGGUCCUUCCCCUUUGAUCACCAUUUUUACAUUCCGAUCUUUUGACCCGAGAAGCAGCUUGUCAGAAACAUCUAAUUAUUAUUGUAUUUUACUUUGUGGUAUGUGCUUGAAAAAACAGAGCAUUGCAUCCUCGUA